CUGCAUCCAAAGGUUGAUUAAAAUCCUAGACUACGUAUAAUGAUAAUAUUUCUGAAUUCACUGUUCAAAGCCUGACCCAUUAUAUACCCAGCAAGCAUACAAGGAACUAUAUGCUUCAAGUCUCACAAUCCACAAAGCUUAGAUUUCAGUCAUGGCCACUGCUCAAACACCAGUACAUCAUGUAGUGAUUUUUCCUCACAUGGCUCAAGGCCACACCAUCCCCUUACUAGACAUAUCAAAAGCCCUCUCGAACCGUGGCCUAAAAGUCACAAUCAUCACCACCCCAUCAAAUGCUCCAUUCAUCUCUGCCAGAACCAACAAGCACCCAAAUAUCACUUUGUCAAUAAUCCCAUUUCCAAAAGUUCCAGACUUGCCACAAGGCUGUGAGAAUACAGCUGACCUUCCUUCAAUGGCUCUAUUUACUACCUUUAUAGAAGCCACAAAAAAAAUGAAACAACCUUUUGACGAUGUUCUUAGAAACAUGAUUGACGAUGGGUGUCCUCCAAUUUGUGUUAUCUCUGACUUUUUCCUCGGUUGGACACUUGAGUCAUGUCAUUUAUUUGAUAUUCCACGAAUUGUCUCUCAUGAAAUGGGCGUGUUUCCUAUGGUUAUUUGCAAAUCUCCUUCUUUGCAUGUCCCAAGUUUUAAGGAUUUGUCACCUUUGGAUCCUAUAGAUUUUUCUGAGCUGAAAUUUCCAUUCACUUUGAACAAAGGUGACAUCCCUGAGGUAUUUUUAAAUGGUGAUCCAAAUGACCCUUAUGUGCGUCUUGUAAUGGAGUUGGGAGAAGCGGAUGUGAAUAGUUGGGGUGUCAUUGUUAAUAGCUUUGAAGAGAUUGAAGGUGAGUAUAUUGGAGCAUUUGAAUCCAACUAUUGCAAUGAGGCCAAAGCUUAUUGUGUGGGGCCAUUUCCCCUUUAUGAUCAACUUGAUCAAGAAGUGGAUGCUUCAUACAUCAAGUGGCUAGAUAAGUAUGUUGAAUCUAAUCAAUUAGGCAGUGUGAUUUAUGUUUCAUAUGGUACACAAACACAUUUGUCAAAUGAUCAAAUGGAUGAGAUUGCUUUUGGGUUGGAGAUGGCAGGCCAUCCUUUCAUUUGGGUUGUGAGAUCAAAGACUUGGGCUCCACCAGAUGGAUGGACUAAGAGAGUGAAAGAAGAAGGGUUGGUUGUAUAUGAUUGGGUGGAGCAACGAAGCAUACUAGCACACCCUUCAAUAGGUGGGUUUUUGAGUCAUUGUGGUUGGAACUCAGUGUUGGAGAGCUUGGCAAAUGGGGUUCCACUUUUGACUUGGCCUAUGCUUGAUAUUAGUGAGCAAGCCUUGAAUGCUAAACUUGUAACAAUGGGAUUGGGAGCAGGGCUAGUGAUUCCACAAAGAGAUGUUGGAGGUGAGAAAAUCAUGACGGUUGAUAGGGUUGUAAUUUGUGAGAGAGUAAAGGAGUUGAUGGGAGGUGCAAAGGGGAGGAAGGUUAAGGAGAGGGCACAAGAAUUGGGGCGAUUGGCAAAUGGGGUUCCACUUUUGACUUGGCCUAUGCUUGAUAUUAGUGAGCAAGCCUUGAAUGCUAAACUUGUAACAAUGGGAUUGGGAGCAGGGCUAGUGAUUCCACAAAGAGAUGUUGGAGGUGAGAAAAUCAUGACGGUUGAUAGGGUUGUAAUUUGUGAGAGAGUAAAGGAGUUGAUGGGAGGUGCAAAGGGGAGGAAGGUUAAGGAGAGGGCACAAGAAUUGGGGCGAUUGGCAUGGCAUGCUGUGGAGAAAGGUGGUUCCCGUAAGAAAUUGGACAAGCUGAUUGAGCGGCUCACCAAUAAAAAUAUGUGAUCAAAACCUCUUUAUCUCUUUAAUUUGAAAAUGUAUCUCCUAAUUCUGUUUUGCAAAUGCUUCCAUGUGUAAUAUAUUUACAUGUUUUUUCAA